GUAAAAAAAGAAAGAAAAGAAAAUUCAGCAGGGAGUAAGAGGGUAAUAAAAACCCAGCCCUAGCCCAGGCCUUCUUUUAGCUUAAAGCUUUAGGCUUUCUCCUCGUCGACGUCCUAAAACCUCUGCUUGCGGCUCCACUAUCUUCACUCUCCAGAAUUCAUAAGGUUGAAAUAAUGGAAACGAGACCAGACCCGGAUAUCGAUGACGACUUUAGCGAGCUAUACAAGGAGUACACUGGCCCUCCUGGGUCAAAUGCCGCUAACACACAAGAAAGGGCAAACCCAAACAAAAGGUCUCUUGCCGGGUCUGAUGAGGAAGAGGAAUCUCGCGAUCCCAAUGCCGUCCCAACCGAUUUUACUAGCCGAGAAGCUAAGGUGUGGGAGGCCAAGUCAAAAGCAACUGAGAGGAAUUGGAAGAAGAGGAAGGAAGAGGAAAUGAUUUGCAAAAUCUGUGGGGAACCUGGCCACUUUACUCAGGGUUGCCCGUCUACCCUUGGUGCAAGUCGCAAGUCUCAAGAUUUCUUUGAAAGGGUACCUGCUAGAGAAAAGCAUGUAAGGUCCCUUUUCACUGAGAGAGUGAUAAACAGGAUUGAAAACGAUAUUGGAUGCAAUAUUAAGAUGGAUGAGAAAUUUAUCAUUGUCAGUGGCAAGGAUAGGUUAGUAUUAAGAAAGGGUGUGGAUGCUGUGCACAAAAUUAUUAGAGAGGAAGGCGAACAAACAGAUGGUUCUGCUUCUCGAGUGACUAGAUCAAGGUCACCUGAGCGAAGUCCUGUUGGUGCACGUUUACAACGUUCUGAAUCCCAGAGGUCUCAUUCUGGUCCCCGAAACGGGUCGCAUUUUCAACAAAGGUUUCACAGGCAAGAGAAAUUUGUUGAAGACCGAAUACGUCAGGAUAUGCAGAAAAUUUCCAGGGGUUCUCCGCAAGCUUAUGGUAAUGACGGAGCUAGAGGUCGACCAAGUCAUUCAAACUCUCCAGCUCGUGCCCCUUAUAUGAGAAACUCAUAUAAUUCAUAUGAUGGUCAUAAUCGGAGCAUGGCUGCUUAUAGAAAUGAUGGAUGGAAUUCUGAUAAAAAAGGAUCUGAUAUGCAAUCCAGUCGUCAGUUUGAUUACUCUGCCACCCCUCAGACAUUAGAAGAAUUAGAAUUGGCGUACAAAAGAGAGGCAACGGAACUUGGAAGAAUUCGUGACAAGGAAGAAGAUGAAGAAAAUUACGGACAUCGUGAGGCGAUUAGGGAUAUAAGAGAGAACCACGCGAAGAAAUUGGCUACCCUGAGGGGCAUGCAUGCAAAGCAGUGGGAGGACUUUCUUCAACUUGAUGCCCAGAAACGUCAACAACAGGCUAAUCAGCAGAUGUCGACUUCAGGUUUUGGUGGUUAUAAAUCACACAAUUAUUCUGAAUACGACAGCUCCUCAGCCAAUCCUCAGUAUUCCAUGGCUAAUUUAGCCAUGGAUUCAAGGAGCAGGUACCCCAACACUAUGGAAAACUAUCCUUCAAGGCCUCACGACAAUUUUGGUGAGUUUCAGCGUCAGAGGCACGAGGAUUAUGGGAGAGGUUACAAUCGAUACUGAAUGGGAAUCUGCAAUUACAUUUGGGCAUUGUAUUGUUGCUUGUGAGAUGAAGGGACUGAUUCCGCAGACUCGUUUGGACGCUGCUCGUAAUUCCGCAAGUGUGGUUUUCGACGGCUGGGGUAGUCAUGAUCUCAAUGUCAGACUAAGCACGCAGCUACGGCGAAUGUUUAUGCUUACUUCAAUAUCGGGGACAAGUAGUCGGGCGGAUUGGGUAACGGUUUUCUUUUUGGCUAAGUGAAACUUGGGAUGCUAUGUCAUUUGAACAACCUUGUUUGAUCCCAUUUUUAAGUUAUUUGUCAACAAAAUCUGUGAUCUUGCGAUGAAUUCGUCAAAUAAUAAUUAGCUCAGCUCCUGGAGGCUGUUGCCUUCCAAUCUGCAGAGCACGGUGCUUUAAGGCAGCCCUUGAAUUUUUAGUACUUGUAACAGACUCUGAGAGUAGAGUGGAUUCUCUCCCCUCAAGUUCAAGUUCACUGGCACUUUGAA